GGAUAAUAGAGGCACAAUCCCAGCAGCGCUUGGGAAUCUGAAGCAUCUCACCAAACUGAAUUUGGCUCAAAAUUAUUUAACUGGUCCCUUGCCUUCAUUUAUUGGCAAUUUAACAUCCAUGCAAUACCUGACCUUAGGUAUCAAUGCGUUGUCCGGAAGCAUCCCAAAGGAACUCGGAAACCUUCGAAAUCUUAUAUCAUUGGCCAUUAGCUCAAAUAAUUUCAGUGGGUCACUCCCUCCAGAGUUAGGGAAUUUGGUAAAUCUGGAACAACUUUACAUUGAUAGUUCUGGCAUCAGCGGUCCGAUUCCUUCAACGUUUGCCAAUCUAGUAAACUUGAACACACUGUGGGCCUCUGAUAAUGAGUUCAAUGGCUUGAUAUCUGACUUCAUAGGGAAUUGGACUAAGCUUAAAAGUCUGAGGCUUCAAGGGAAUUCAUUUCAAGGUCCAAUACCAUCGAGUUUUUCUAAUUUAACAUCCCUCACCGAUCUGCGAAUUAGUGACGUCACGAAUGGGACCUUAUCAUUGGCAUUUAUUAAGAACAUGAAAAACUUAACCACCUUAAUCUUGAGAAAUAAUAGGAUUUUGGGUACAAUUCCAUCUGACAUUGGAGAGUAUCGAUCAUUAAUGCACCUGGAUUUGAGCUUCAACAAUUUAACGGGUGAAAUUCCAAGCUCUAUCUUCAAUUUGAAUUCACUUCGUAACUUGUUUCUUGGAAACAAUAGCUUGUCUGGUGGCCUUCCUUCCAAUAAAAGCUCAUCACUUGUCAACAUAGAUUUGUCAUACAAUCAAUUAUCAGGAAGCUUUCCCUCGUGGAUCACACAAGGUUUACAAGUGAACUUGGUCGCCAACAACUUCGUCAUUGAUAGUUCUAAUAACAGUGCUUUGCCUUCACAAUUGCAUUGUCUUCAGCGGAACUUUCCGUGCAAUCGGAAUUCUCCAAUUUAUUUUUCAUUUGCAAUCAACUGCGGUGGCAGAGAGAUGAUAUCUACUGAUGGAACAGUGUAUGAGAAUGAUAAUGAAGCUCUCGGCAUAGCAACGUAUUAUGUGACCCAUGAUACUAGGUGGGCUGUCAGCAACGCUGGGAUGUUUGCUGAGAGCAACAAUGCCUCAUUCAUCGCAAGCUCUUCUUCUCCGUUUCUGAGUACUUCAGACUCGGAGCUCUUUCAAACAGAAAGGAUAUCGCCAGGAUCGCUAAGAUACUAUGGACUUGGGCUUGAGAACGGCCAGUACAAUAUAAGUCUGCAAUUCGCUGAGAUAGCUAUUGAAGAUUCAGCCACAUGGAAGAGUGUUGGAAGGCGUGUAUUCGAUAUUUAUGCCCAGGGAAAGCUUGUAUUGAAAGAUUUUGAUAUAAAAAAAGCGGCAGAUGGGGAUUCGAAGAGGGCUGUCAGGGAGACUUUCCAGGCUAUUGUCACUGAGAAUUUCCUUGAAAUCCAUCUCUUUUGGGCCGGGAAAGGGACAUGCUGCAUACCUGUUCAAGGUACUUAUGGGCCAUCCGUUUCAGCUAUCAGUGUCACUCCAGAUUUCAAACCAACAGUUAGUAACCACCCACCAAAAGACAAGACUGGUAUGAUCGUCAUGAUUGUAGUUGGUGUUGGUGCUCUGAGCUCUAUAUCCGGUUUCACACAUUUUAUCUGGAAAAGAAGGAGAAAGAGCAUCGAUGAAGAUGAAGAGUUUCUGAACAUGGCUGCAAAAGCAAACACUUUCAGUUAUUCUGAACUAAGGACUGCUACAGAUGACUUCAGUCUGGCAAAUAAAUUGGGAGAGGGAGGAUUUGGGCCAGUUUAUAAGGGAACACUUUCAGAUGGACGGGUAAUAGCUGUGAAGCAACUCUCGGUGACAUCUCAUCAAGGAAAGAUUCAGUUUGUAACAGAGAUUGCUACCAUAUCUGCAGUGCAACACCGAAACCUCGUGAAGUUGUAUGGAUGCUGCAUUGAGGGAGAUAAGCGGGUUCUGGUUUAUGAGUAUCUUGAAAACAAGAGCCUUGAUCAGGCACUCUUUGGAAAGAGAAAAUUGAAUCUAACUUGGGCCACCCGCUUCAAUAUAUGCUUGGGUACAGCCAGGGGUCUUGCUUAUCUCCAUGAAGAAUCGAGGCUCCGGAUUGUACAUAGAGAUGUCAAGGCCAGUAAUAUUCUGCUCGAUGCUGAUCUUGUCCCCAAGAUUUCAGAUUUUGGUUUGGCCAAGCUAUACGAUGAUAAGAAGACCCACAUCAGCACACGGGUUGCAGGGACAAUUGGGUAUCUUGCACCAGAGUAUGCCAUGCGUGGGCAUCUGACAGAAAAGGCUGAUGUGUUCGGAUUUGGGGUUCUCACACUUGAGAUUCUUGGUGGAAGGCCCAAUGCGGAUACAAGCUUGGAUCAAGAUAAGAUAUACCUCCUCGAAUGGGCUUGGAAUCUACACGAAGCUAACUGUCCAUUUGAAUUGAUCGAUCCAACACUGCCUGAAUUCGACAAAGGAGAAGCACUACGAAUGAUUGGUGUAGCUCUUCUGUGCACCCAAACAUCACCAAUGCUACGGCCACCCAUGUCCCAUGUGGUAGCCAUGCUAUCAGGCCACAUCGAAGUGAGCAAUGUCAUAUCGCGGCCUGGCUACUUAACAGAGUGGCAAUUCAAUGACUCAAACAGCUUUAGAACCAAUGAUAUGUUAGGAGAGUCCAUGGGAAGAACCAUGAACAACCAAUGUGACACGUCAUCGAAUUCGAGCAUGUCCAUUCAUGAGGAAGGCUCGCCUCUACCCACUCACCCGAUGUUGCAAGAGAUCAGUGCAGAAGGAUGGUUGUGAUCGACUUCUAAGCUGUCCAUGAAUGCACAAAUACAUAUGGACAUGGGUACAUCAGUACAUAAAUACACAGUGUGAUGGAUACAUGUAUAUGUACUACAUACAUGGAUGUCAUGUAGAGGGUUCUAUGGUUUGUAUUUGGGAUGUUAUUGGAGAGUUAUUUGAUACUCCUGCUAUGUGUGACACUUGAGACACAGGCGCUCAGAAAUUGUAUAAGUGGUGCAAAUGAAGUCAAAUUAAACCGAGUAGAUCAUUUGUGGACACCAAUACCUGUUCACCAAUACGAUAGAUGAUCAAAUAAGUGGAAUUUUUAGGUUGUGUUUGAUAUUUGUACCCUCAAAAGUCAAACAUUCAUAUAUUGUUUUACCUAUGAUCAUUUAGUUGAAUGGAGUAGUACUCUUUGGCUCUUCA